CACACACACACACACACACACACACACACACACACACACACACACACACAUACCACCACCACCACACCCCUCCUCGCCUGCAGCCCCCAUGCCGGGCAUCAGCACCACCGCGCCUCGUUAUGAAAACUGGGACAUGGAGCACCUCGACCACUACCAACAUUAUUUCUACGACGACCACCACGACCCGGACGAGGAUUUCUUCAAGUCCACGGCGCCCAGCGAGGACAUAUGGAAGAAAUUCGAGCUGGUGCCGACCCCGCCCAUGAGCCCCAUCCGGGCGGUGGAAGGGCCGGGCAGGGUCGGGUUGCUGUGCCCGUCGCUCGGGGACAAGCUGGAGUGGGUGUCUCAGUUCUUGGGGCAGGAGGACGAGCAGCAGCAGCAGCAGGACCUUCCCUGCAAGCUGAGCGCGUCCAGUGACUCCUUCGGGAACCUGAGCUCGAUCAUCAUCCAGGACUGCAUGUGGAGCUGCUUCUCCGCCGGACAGCAGCUGGAGAGGGUGGUGGGGGAGCGCUGCGCCUCCUGUCCCGGGACAACGACUGCUGCGGCGGCCGCCAAGGCUGCGGUCGCGUCCCCGGGGAGGGCGCCGUGUCCCCCCGCAGACGCGUCGGCCGUCAGCGGACUGGCGGCGGACUGCGUGGACCCGGCCGCCGUGCUCACCUUCCCGCUAACCGGGGGCUGCAAGAAGCCAGUGUCCUCAGGUUCCGAGUCUCACACCGACUCCUCAGAUGAUGAUGAUGAUGAUGAGGAGGACGAGGACGAAGAAGAGAUCGAUGUGGUGACGGUGGAGCACAAGCAGCAGCAGCAGCAGCGCAAACCUCGCCGACUGGUCAACGCUCGCAAGCCAGUGACCAUAACGGUGCGGGCGGAUCCGCUGGACCUGGGCAUGAAGCGUUUCCACAUCUCCAUACACCAGCAGCAGCACAACUACGCCGCCCCCUCCCCGGACACGCUGCUGCCGCCGCCAGCGCCGCUGGAGCCGCCCCGGAAGAGGGUCCGGCAGGAGGCCUCCUCGCAGCCGCACCAUCUCUCCCACCAUCAGCAGCCCCGGCCUGGCCACGCCCCUCUGAACUUGGACGGCCGGAAGCCCACCGGGGCGCGGUCGGCGUCGCCCGACCUCGGCGCCUGCUCCCCUGCCUCGUCCUCUGCGCCUUCGUCUCCUCCCUCCUCCUCUUCCUCCUCCUCGUCCUCCCACAGCUCCCCGUCGAAGCCCCACUCCUUCUGCCACCUCUCCAGCCCGCAGUCGUCUGACUGCGAGGACACGGACAAGCGCAAGGCGCACAACUUCCUGGAGCGCAAGCGGAGGAACGACCUGCGCUCGCGCUUCCUGUCGCUGCGGGACGAGAUCCCGGGCCUGGCCAACUGCCCCAAGACGCCGAAGGUGGCGAUCCUGACGCGGGCCACGGAGUACCUGCGGCAGCUGCACGCCGGCGAGAGGCUGAAGGCUCAGGAGAGGAAGCAGCUCAAGUCCAGGCAGCUGCAGCUGCUGCAGAGGCUGGCGCUGCUCAAGCGCUCCUGAGCGACGGCGCCCCGGGCCGCGCACGUGCGCGUGCGCAGAACUGGACUUGAACUACGUGAAGGAGGAGAGACACUACUGUUCACUUUGAAUUUGGUCACGUUGGAAUGGUGCGGGUGGAUUUAUAGUUUUUGUUUUUGUUGGUUUGCACAUUAGCUUCUGAGUGAUUGAUUGACAAGGCCGCAAGCCGGACAGGACAGCGAGAUUAAUAUGGCCAUUCAGUGUAGAUUUUGUCUAGAAUAUCCCCCCCCCCCCCCCCCCCCUGCUGGAAAAAUGCUCAAAACUGUUGCUCGUUACGGGGGAGGCUCGCUGGGAAUGCGGCGGCUUGGAGUCGAGCUGCUGCAGGUUCUGGUCUGACGUCUCCUGCCUCCAGGUGCCCUCUGUCUUCUCUUCUCUUUCCGUCUCUCUUCAGGCCUCCGA